CCUAUGCAAAAGCCAAAGGACAAACUGCUUUCAUCAGGGGUCACCUCAGCACUGCUAUAGUUACUCCAAGACACAUUCCCCUUCUUGUCCCUCUGGCAGGAGUGACUCUGUGGUUGCUCACUUGUUGCUGCUAGCAUUCCCUCACAAGCCAUGUCCGGCCUGAAAGAAAUUUGUGGUGGCCUCCCCCUGCACCCUCUCCCUGAGAACAGAGGCCGGAAGAGUGGAAUCCCUCAUGCUCCUGUCAGGACCCCCAAGCUUACUGCUCAUGAGGAAAAGCUGGCUUUGAAGAACUCCCUACGUUAUUUUCCAUCCAACUUGCAUGAAGUCCUGGCACCGGAAUUUGCCAAAGAACUGAGACUCUAUGGACAUAUCUACAUGUACAGGUUCUGUCCCCAAAUGGAGAUGCGAGCUCAUCCCAUCCAUGAAUAUCCUUGCAAAACCAAUCAAGCUGCAGCAAUAAUGCACAUGAUUAUGAAUAAUCUUGAUGCUGCAGUGGCACAGUUUCCCCAGGAACUUGUAACUUAUGGAGGAAAUGGACAAGUCUUCAGCAACUGGGCACAGUUCUGGCUGGUGAUGCACUAUUUGUCUGAGAUGACUGAAGAUCAGACAUUGGUCAUGUACAGUGGACAUCCUUUGGGACUCUUCCCUAGCCAUCGCAAUGCUCCUCGAUUAGUUAUCACCAAUGGCAUGGUAAUUCCCAACUAUUCCUCCAGAGAUGAAUAUGAGCGAAUGUUUGCAAUGGGGGUUACAAUGUAUGGACAGAUGACAGCAGGGAGCUACUGCUACAUUGGACCACAGGGAAUAGUCCAUGGAACGGUGCUAACAGUGCUCAAUGCAGGCCGUCGCUACUUGGGAGUGGAGGACCUGUCUGGGAAAGUCUUUGUCACAUCUGGCCUUGGAGGAAUGAGCGGGGCUCAGGCAAAGGCUGCGGUCAUUGCUGGCUGUAUUGGAGUUAUUGCCGAGGUUGAUGAGGCUGCCCUUUUAAAACGUCACCAGCAGGGAUGGUUGAUGGAAAUAGCAAAGAGUCUGGACCACUGCAUUGUUCGGGUGAGAGAAGCAAAGAAGAAGAAAAUACCUCUUAGUUUGGGAUAUCAUGGAAAUGUGGUAGAUCUUUGGGAGAGACUUGUCGAUGAAUUCAAUACCACUGGAGAACUGUUAGCUGAUUUGGGGUCUGACCAAACAUCUUGCCACAACCCAUUUAAUGGAGGCUACUACCCAGUACAGCUGAACUUUAAGGAGGCUAACCAGCUCAUGUCCAGUAAUCCUGUGAAAUUCCAGUCGCUAGUGCAAGAGAGUCUGAGGAGGCAAGUGGCUGCAAUCAACAGACUGUCUGAUCGAGGACUGUUUUUUUGGGAUUAUGGAAAUGCUUUCCUUCUAGAAGCUCAGAGAGCCGGUGCUGAUGUCAAAAAAAGAGGAGCUCGCAAAGGAGAAUUCCGAUACCCUUCCUAUGUUCAGCACAUUAUGGGUGACAUUUUUUCUCUGGGGUUUGGCCCAUUUCGCUGGGUUUGUACCUCAGGCAACCCGGAAGAUUUGGCAACCACUGACUCUAUUGCCACAUCAGUGCUUGAGGAAGCUGUACUUCAGGGAGUGAAUGCAUCUGUGAAGCAGCAAUACUGUGACAACAUCCGCUGGAUUCAGGAAGCCAGAAGACACAAUUUGGUUGUAGGAUCCCAAGCCAGAAUUUUGUAUUCUGAUCAAAAAGGUCGUGUAGCUAUUGCGGUGGCUAUUAACCAAGGCAUUGCUGAAGGAAGAAUUAAGGCUCCGGUUGUUCUUAGUCGAGACCACCAUGAUGUAAGUGGGACGGACAGUCCGUACAGAGAGACCUCAAACAUCUAUGAUGGAUCCGCAUAUUGUGCAGAUAUGGCUGUUCAGAAUUUUGUUGGAGACUCAUUUAGAGGAGCUACCUGGGUUGCCUUGCACAAUGGAGGUGGUGUUGGCUGGGGAGAAGUGAUAAACGGAGGAUUUGGCCUUGUCUUGGAUGGCUCGGCAGAGGCAGAAGAACGUGCAAAGAUGAUGCUGAGCUGGGACGUUUCCAAUGGCGUUGCUAGACGCUGCUGGUCCGGCAACAACAAUGCUUAUGAAACCAUCUGCCAAGCCAUGGAGAGGGACAAGAAACUGAAGGUGACCCUUCCACAGAAGGUGGUAGAUGACAACAUCCUGGAACAAGCCCUGAAUUGUUAACCUUACACCAAGUCUUUUAUUCUGCCUUUUCGAACCAGGCUUUGAACAUUGCUCUUUCAGCCCCCACCCACCCCUACCCCCACCCCAACAAGCCUCAG